AUGGGAGCCAAGUUGAAAGAAACUGAUCGGUUAAAGCAGCGUCAUGAACAACUGGCCCUGAUUGAUGAAAAGCGUCUGAAUGCUAUGGCCAAUGUUAUCAGAAACGCAUGGCCAGGGCCUACUACAAGAAAGGUCCAUCGGCAAUCCUUUGAAGAAGGGGACAAAGUGCUAAAGCAAACUUUCCCAAUGCAAGAUGAAGCCAAAGCAACUAAUGUUGAUGAUUUCAAGAGAGCAUUGAAUGCUUUAGAGAUAGCUCAGCCACAAAAUGGAGAGAACCUUACUGCUGCUGGUUGGUUGAAAAGGCUGCCAUAUCACUUGUGGUCUAGAGCACAUUAUGGAAUAGCUGCUAAGACUGAUUUUUCAGUCAACAACCUGAAUGAGAGUUUCAACAACUACAUUUUAAAAGCAAGAGACGAGCCAAUUAGACAAGGCGUAGAGAAAUAUGGAGGCAGAUUGUGUCCAAACAUUCUUGAGAAGCUAGCCAAAAGUGUAGAGAAGAGCAGGCAUUGUAUUGCUGUAUUUGAUGGUAUUGAAUCAUUUGAGGUUGAUGGUUUCAACAGAACCUCUGUUGUGAACUUGCAACGUAGAAGCUGUUCAUUUGGUGCAUUCCAAUUGACUGGAAUUCCAUGUGUGCAUGCUAUUGCUGCCAUUCAAAACAUGGGGAUGAAGGUUGAAAACUAUGUUGAUGAGUGCUAUAGUAAAGAGGCAUACUUGAGGGCAUAUGCUUAUAGCAUUGGAGCUAUUCCAUCCAAAGAACACUGGAUUGAUAGUGGAAUGCAGUUGUUAAAUCCACCAUUUGUGAAGAAACAACCUGGGAGAACUAAAAAACUUAGGAGAAGAGGUCCUGAUGAAUCGAGAGAUCCACAAAGAGCUUUCAAAAAGGGGUUGACAGUAUACUGUAAGAGAUGUUUAAAAGCUGACCAUAAUAGGAGAACUUGUAAGGAACCUCCUUAUCCUAAAUCCAAGUUGUACAAGGCUCGAGCAAGCAAUAACCAAUGA